AUGUAUUUAAGACAGAGAUAUAUAGAUUCUAAAUCUGUAAGAGGAUCAAGCGAUAAGGUUCAGAAUCUGAGGCCACUUCAGGCUCUACAAUGUGGGGACACGGUGAAUCAUACAUCCGACCACUGUCUUCCCACUUUCACAGCGUUUUACCAGAGGGAUAAAGCAAACAGAGUGCUGAGAGUUCAGAAGCGUGCAAACUGGUUCUGGGAAGAGAUUAAGCCAGGUUCUCUGGAGCGAGAAUGCUAUGAGGAAUCCUGCUCAUUUGAGGAAGCAGCAGAAAUUUAUAAAUCUCUAGAGAGAACGGUAGAGUUCUGGAUUUCAUACAAGAAUUUGAGCCCUUGCAAAUCAACGCCGUGCCAAAAUGGUGGUUCGUGUCGCAUCUCAGGGUACAGUUAUGUCUGCCUCUGCCCUCAUUUGUGGAUAGGACAGAAUUGUGAAACAGAGAAUCUGGAUUGUACACAUAAGAAUGGCUACUGUCAGCAGUACUGCAGCAUUGACAAGGCAACUGGCAGGUCAAAAUGCAGCUGUGCCGAAGGUUAUCAAUUGAAUGAAGAUGGACGGACCUGUGAUAAUACUGUCAUAUAUCCGUGUGGGAGGAUACCUCUGCAUAAUACACCAACUCGCUCACUGGACGAGAAACUUUCUCUCAAUGAAACUGACACAGAUUCUGACUAUUUAGCUAAGUUAAAUUACACUGAAGACGUUUGGACACGAAUUGUUGGUGGAGACCUUUGCAGACGAGGUCACUGUCCUUGGCAGGUAUUGAUAAAUAAUGAAUAUGAUUAUGGCUUCUGCGGUGGAACUUUGAUUAAUAGUCGUUGGGUUGUGACUGCAGCUCACUGUUUUGACACAAUAUUGCCAUAUUCAGUUACGGCAGGUGAAUUUGACAAAUUUAAAACAGAGAUCUGGGAACAGAAGGUUUUAGUGAAGAAAUUUAUAAUUCAUCCUCAGUAUGACCCAAUAGUGUACAACAAUGACAUUGCACUUUUGUACUUGAGUCAGCCUGUCAACUUUAGUUUUUCCAUUGCUCCAAUUUGCUUACCCAACCACAACCUGGGUCAGUUCCUACUGCAGAAUGGGCAAGUGGGGACAGUGAGUGGCUGGGGCUUGACCAGUGAAAGAAGCCGGUCAUCUCAAUUCUUGAGGCGAGUUCAACUUCCAUACAUUGACCAGAAUGUUUGCAUAAAAUCAACCAAUCUCACAGUCACGGAUAAUAUGUUCUGUGCUGGGUACAAAGCUAGCAAUAUGGAUGCCUGUCGAGGCGAUAGUGGGGGACCUUAUGCUGUUUUAUAUCGACAAACUUGGUAUUUGAUGGGCAUAAUUAGCUGGGGUGAGGGCUGUGCUGAAGUAGGAAAAUAUGGCAUGUAUACAAGGGUACCUAGUUACUUGACAUGGAUAAAUGAAACUAUAUCACAACACAGCCACUAA